UUCAGCAGAGUUUUUGUGCUGUCACAUAGUGAUAGAGGAUUGUGCACCCACCUCGAGUGUAGCGUGGGAAAGUGUUAAGUGUGGGAACAACGAUGGCUCGCGAACAAUGGCACAAUCAGUUUGACUACGUCAUCUCGCUACUUGGAUACAGUGUUGGAGCGGGAGCCUUCAUCAAGUUCCCUUUCUACUGUAUGCGCAAUGGUGGAGGGGCGUUCCUGAUUCUUUAUAUAUUCUUCACGGUCGUCGGAGCCAUUCCUAUCGUGUUCUUGGAGAUGACUAUUGGACAGUUAAGUCAGAGCGGAUCAAUCAACGUCUGGAACAUGUGUCCUCUCUUUAAAGGUAUAGGCGUUGGAUGUGCAAUUGUCGGGUGGAUUUUUUGUAGUUACUACAACAUUGGUUUUGUUUGGUUUAUGUAUUACUUUUACAACUCGUUCUCCAACAAAUUACCCUGGGACAACUGUGAUAAUUUAUGGAACACCCCAACUUGCAUAUCCAACAGGACUUUUUUACAUAAUGAAACAAGUUCGAUUUCCAAUAGUAUUGACCAUGGGGACUUGGUCAAUGUGUCAGGGUUGACAGCCGCCGAGGAAUUCUGGAAGUAAGCAUUGCCACCUUCUCGCUUUAUUUCUUGCAUGCCUGGAUGAAUAUGGAAUAGAUUUUUAUUCUUACUUUCACAUUUAGCCGAUCGGUGGGUUGGCCAAGUGGAGAAAGCAUGGGCUCGUUAGCCGGGAGACCAGGUUCAAUCUUUAUGUCCCCAACCAUUUUAUAUCUCGGACUCUUGUCCACCGGGUGUACCCAUAACAAAUGUAUUUAAAUUUCUGUAUUAUGCUCAAUUUCAACUGUUGCAGUUAUACCAAAUUACAGAUAUACAGUAAAUGUAGAUGUAAAAUAAACCUCUCACAAAGCAUACCACAGCAUGACAGGACUACAUGAAUUCGAAUAUGAAACAUCCCGUAGAAGUGCCCACAGGAAAAUUGUUCUUCACUGAGCAGAAUACUUGUGAUUUGUGAUACCUUCGAUUUUGUUAAG